AACUUUGGGGAGACGUUUCGGGGUUCUGAGUGAAAAAAAGACCAGCUCCAAUCAAUGGUGAUUGGAUGUGGAACAAUGAACAACAGCCCCAAGGAUCCCUAUCGUGGAGGAGGAGGAGGCGGUGGCCUACAGGACGGCGGUGGCCCCCAGGAUGGCGGUACAUCGGCGGGCGUGUCCAUCAGCAUCGAGAGUGACGACAAUGACUCGACCACGGCGGAGCACGACUACCUGCUGCCCACCUCCUCAUCGUCGGUGACCUCUAGAGGUGGCGUUGGCGGAGGAGCAGGUGGUGUCUCCGGUGGAUCGGCCAACACCAGCAUCAACCUGGAUCACGGCUAUAAUACCACGGCGCGGAGCAGCAGCUUGAGCGGAGGCAAUGCCCGCCACAGCAACAUCCUGUCCACCUUUUUGGCCCGACAGCGAUCCUACACACCGGCCAGUAAUAGUAGCUCCCCGGUGCGGGUGACGACGCAGAUGAACCGUCGCCUGCAGCAGUCACGCAGCAUGGGCGCCAACAGCCUGGAGGAGCCAUCGAGCGCCGGAGUAGCCGGUGGGCCAGGAGCAUCGCCCGGAACUGCGGCAGGAGUACGGCAAAUGGGCUUCUGGCGUGUCAAUCUCAACGAUGUCUUCUCCCUGUCCACGGCCCCCUCGACGGAGGCACUGCGCUCCUUUAUUACACAUUCCAACUUCAGAUAUCCUGCUGCUGCUGCGGCAUCCUCAGCACCUGCAGGAGCUCAGCCAGCCGCCAAUCCCGUAGACAACUCGCACAUACUGCUCAGCCAGCAGCAGAAUUCACUACCGGAACCAGUCAGUCCCCUGCUUAGCCGCGUUGGAGGAGCAGGUGGUCCCAGUGAAGCUGUCGUUAUGGGCAGAAGCAUCUCCCUGCGCGAAGGAGAGAUGCGGCACAAUCACAGCCUCAAUGGAGGACGGCACAAUGCUAGCGUCAUAGGACUAAACAGUAAUCCAAUACCCUUCGAGGAGCACGAACCGAAUGAUAGCCUGGAUCUGGGCGAGGGCGAUGGCAACGGAGAGAACGGCGGUGGAGCAGGAGGAGGAGGCAAUCCCCAAGAGGCCCCAGAUAGUCCACCAGAAGACGAACACCUCAUCUCGGACGACAUGGUGGUGCAGAUCCUCAGCCAUUUUGUACGCUAUCUUCCGCUGAUCUUCAUACUAUAUAAGUUCAUACACGAUCACCUGCUGGGCAUUGUGGAUCUUUUGGUGCUGCAGACGGUGAUGUACAAUGUUAACCGAUCGGUGCGCAGCCAGGUGGCCCGGCUGGCGCAAAAGAACUACGCCGUGAUGGCGCGGGAUGCUUGCCUUAUUGCCGUGGUGGUGGCAGUGCGUCUGUUCCUGGCCACCGCGAGACCAGAUCCCUUCGGUCUAAUUGUGCCGCCGCCCAAGAAUUACUUUAACGUGGAGCUCUUGCCUUAUCAAACGAGCUCCGAGGGGGACAAACUGUUUACAACAAAUCCCACGACGUUAUCGGAGACCCUUAAGGGCUCCAUUUCCAAGGACACGUACGAUGCCCUCAAGGUGAUUCCCCUGGGCAUGUUGCUGUACUACAUAGCUGUGAGCGAUCUCAUUAUCAAGCUGCUGACAAUGCUGGUUAAAAUUUUAAUAACCAUGCUGCCGCACCAUUUAAUGAGACUCAAAGUGCGGGCUCGUCUCUAUGUGUUGGUGGAGUAUACUUCUCAGUUCUAUCGAGCAAUGACGCCCAUUUCCCAGUGGUUCCUGUUUCUGUACGAGUCCUAUUCGGGUCUGGAGGUGGUGUCCGGAGGACUGUUCUCUGCCCUGUACCUGGGUGCCAAGAUAUUCGAGCUGGUGGAGCGCGGCAAGUCGCUGAAAAAAGCGAUUGUGACCUUCAGGAAAAAUAUUGACUCUGAGCGACCGCCGACCAAAGACGAGCUGGAUGCUGCGGGCGCCCUGUGUCCAAUCUGCCAUGACGCCUUCAACACGCCCAUUGUGCUGGAGUGCGGCCACAUCUUCUGUGAUGAGUGCGUCCAGACCUGGUUCAAGCGCGAGCAGACCUGCCCGAUGUGCAGGGCGAAGGUCAGCGAUGAUCCCGCCUGGCAGGACGGCAGCACUACCUUCUUCCAUCAGUUGUACUAGCUGCGCCACCAAAGAAAUUUCCACGGAUUUCGCGUGUACAUAUAGUCGCUAGCUAGCCCUUUGUUUAAUUAAACUGACAGUUAUUAAUUAUUACUACAA